AUGUUUAAGAAAAGAGCUAAAUUGUCCGGUGGAGUAGAUUCUAAAAGACGUAAGUUGGUAGAACCAUCACAGGUGAAAAAGGCAAAUGAAAAUGAUAAGAGAAAAAAUGAUCAAAACGAUGAACAACCAAAUAUGACAAAUAAGUGUAGGGAGACUGAUGCAGUUAUUACUUCUACUACUACUACAUAUGUAGAUUCAGAAAUUUCUAAAAAGAAAAAAGAUGUUGCACAUGAAUAUCUGGGCCUAUCUGAAGCUGAAAAGCAGGAGGAGACUGCUUCACAAGAUGAGAUACAAGCCACUAUUAAAACAUUUUUAAAUAAACCAAAAUUGACGGGGAGUAGUAAACAAAUCAAACAGGCGUCCAAUUUGAAAAGCACGGUGUUAAUGGACUAUCAGCCAGAUAUCUGUAAAGAUUUUAAACAGACAGGGUAUUGUGGAUAUGGUGAUAACUGCAAGUUUUUGCAUUCUCGUGACGAUUUCAAGACGGGUUGGAAGUUGAAUAAAGACUGGGAGGCGUUCCAGCAACACAACCAACGGGAUGCAAACCUUAUUGCUGCUGCCAACACUAUCAGGCCUGGUGGUGAUUUACAAAAGGUGGUCGAGGAGACGAUUGAGAAGACAAUCAAGGACAUUCCAUUCAAAUGUGUCAUAUGUCGCAACGAUUACAAGAACCCCGUUGUCACCUCCUGUGAACAUUACUUCUGUAACAAGUGUUUUUUCCGAAGAAUCAAGGACACAGGCAACAAAAAAUGUGUGAUAUGUGGCCACGACACAAAGGGCAGUGCAAAAGUUGCCGCCAAUCUGCAACAAAUAUUGAAAUUACAACAACAACAAAAGGAAGAAAAGGAAGAAAAAAAAGGAAAAAAAGAAAAAAGGGUAGAAUGA